AUGUCGAAGAGGUGUACAGCGCUCGAGGUGCUAUCGAUCCCUGAGCUACUUGACAUCAUGCAGGCCAGCCUAACCCCGUACGAUCUGGCUCAGUGUGUCCUCGUCUCGUCCGAGUUCCGAACCCUCUUCACCCCCCUCCUUUGGCACACCAUCUCCCUCACCACCCUCGAACAGCACAAUCAUUUCACAACAUCGCCUCAAGUCCAAAAGGCCCUUAUUAGGAACGCAAGGUUCGUUCGAGUCAUCCGUGUCUGGACUGCCAAGAGUCUUCGGCCCUUUAUGGAUGUCAAGGCGGAGGAGUUGUGUUCCUUGAAUAGCUUGGAGUUUACAUGGCUCAGGAUGCAGGGUGGACAUGCGACAAGUUUGACGGAGACGGUUGCGCGAUCUGCGAUUCGGGACACGUCGAAUGAGAGGGUUGCUUGGUCGUUGGGGAGGAGGGUCACCAAGAGGCAGCAUACGUUUUCGUUGAACUUGGGGGCACGCGAGGCGACAUUGCGGGAGCUUUAUCAAGCGCGUGCCAAGGUCGAAGAUGGACCUUCACAGACUGCCAAGGAUAGGUACUUGCACCGAGCUCGUUUAUUGCGACUGCAGAAGAAGGAGGCUAGACCGCCUGUUGUCCCUAUCUGGUUGCGAAAUGAGAUUGUCCCACCUCCUUCGGACCCACGGCCUUACGAGCUCUAUGAGGAUCCCAAGGACGACCAGCUGUUGAUUUUGUUUCUGAGUUACUUUCAGGAGCUCAAGAUCUUUAUGAGCACGUCCCUUGUGUUCUUUAAUCCUGCUGUUCUCAAGGCCUUUGGAACUCGGCUGAGGGUGUUGCGGUACUUAUCGUUGACGUUGGACGAUGUGGGUCACAAGAACCGGUAUGCCACACUCACGAAUUUACUGGACAAGGAGUAUCCGCACCUCGAGCGUCUUCGACUGAUGUUCUCCAACACUGGCUGGACUACUUUUGUACACUCGAAUGACCAAGGCGAGUCUGAUGCAGUCACAUCGUCGUCUUUGUCGGAGUCGAAAGUCGCAGGACCACCCGUUCUGUCGAUGAAGAGUCUCAUGGUCGAGGACAAUGUCCAUUUCUACACCGACGCCGAUACCAGGAAACCUCCUCAACCGUGGCUCUUCUUUCUCAGACGUUGCAUCAACCUCACAUCCCUCAGUCUUUCGUCCAUUCCCUCGGCUGUCUUGAUAGAGGUCGCCGGCAUCAUCUCAGAGUGCUGCCCCCUCGUUGACGACCUAGCAAUUGGAUGUGUCAGCAGCACCCAGUCUUGGAUGAAUCACCGCGCCACAGACAACAACGUCGCCUCACUCUUUGCAGCAUGUAGCCCCAGGUCCGACGACGAAGCCACAUGUUCCACCCUGGCUCUACCUCCGAUAUUGAGGUUCACAUCCAGCAAGAGGACGACAGGACUGAAGCAGCUUCGACUCUAUGGUGUGCCCUUCCAGGAUCAGGAUUACGCGCCAGACUCGGAUCCCUUUGCGCGUAACAACAUCACACCGUUCCGGGCUCUCUCUCGACACAUGCACUGUUUGACGCAUCUGGAUUUCGACAGCAUGAUGGAGCAUGAUAAUGGAGAGCUCUUCUUGCGGAUAGUGCAAAAGUUCCGCAAGCUGGAGGUGAUGAAUGCGUUGCCGUAUGCGAGGAUGAGGGCGCAUCGUAACAAGGGUUGGGUGGAUGCGGGGCUGUGGAUUACGUCGGUGACUUCUGGAGAGUGGGCAUGUAUGGAGACGUUGAGAGUGCUGAAGGUCAACAUCAGUGGCUUCACAUCGUCUGCAUCGACAUCGACAUCGGCAUCGGCUGCAGCACCUGCUACGCCAGUUACCGUUACACCCGUGGAUCUCGACGGCACCAACAAUAACCAGGACAGCGACAUUGAGCCCGUAUCGGAUUCCCAGGCAGAGAGCCAAUUUGAUCUUAUGCGGACGAGCACUAUCAACACCCUCCAACACCAAGUAUGUCAGCACCUCAAUCUACUGACAUCCCUCCGGGAACUUUGCCUCGGUGUCCAACCCACAGACGAACUCGAAUACUGCAGGGUACUAACAGGCGUCCAGGAAGACUGUCUGGAACUAUCACUCGACAGUGGACUGAACCGGAUGGAGGACCUGAAGGAGUUGAAAGUUCUGAGCGUGAUGAGAAUGAAGCACAAGAUCCGGUUGGAGGAGGUGAAAUGGAUGGUUGCACAUUGGCCCAAGCUGGAAGCGAUUCCGGGUCUGCUUUCGUCGGCGGCUUACAGUGAUACGGACGAGGAGUGGGAGGCGUUGCAGGAUGAGGAGCAGGAUAUCAUUCAUUGGAUCAAGGAAAAUAAGCCGCUUUUGAAGUACGCAGUUGUUAGGGCGCCGAAGGGGUCGCUGGAGGAGCAAUCGAGACCGAGAUAG